AUUUAUUUAUUCAAAUACUUCCCUGUGCCUGCUGACAUUUACUGCCAUUCACUGUGUUUUCCCAGACAUUAGACUCCAACCUGGACUAACACAAAACUUAAAAAUAUAACAUUUGUGGAUUUGACCUUGGGCUUUUCUUAGAACUGUCACGACCACUAAUAUUUAUUCUCCUCAGUGUCCCACCUUUGUAAAUGCUCCACUGGAAAGUGAGUGAGUAGCUCACUGUACAUGUGACUGUGAGGCACAGAUCAUAAACUGCAGAAGAGAAGCGAGAGCAAACACUGACACAUUAAUUUGCCUAACACACAUAGUCCUGCGGAUAUAUUCAGGAAACAGAAUAUUUACAGUCUGUGUUCUUUUUUUUUCUUCCCUUCCUCCCACAGUGCUCGAUCCCCCCCCCUCCUCCUCGUCUCUUGAAAGCGUCGUGAACGCGCUCGGCAGGCUGCUAUUAAAUGGGCGGACUUGUAGGCGCGGUCACGUCCGUAGUGGCUCCGGUGGUUUUGACUGUCACAUAAAAGUGCGCGUCGCACCGGCCGACCGGCGGAACUCUGUCUGUUCUAUCUGCGAGACCGGAUCGGACCAGACCGACACCGACACCGGGACCAGCGCUGGAAAACCACCCGCAACAGCUUGAAGGCGCCUGACUGGAUCAGGGAAACACAUGAGAUCAGCGGACAUCCACUGCUGACAUCAACCACAAUCCAAAGAAGCCUCGGUAGCCUCCACCUUACCGUGGGAUGCUGGAGAGUGGGAGAGCAGGAGAGGAGAUUUGAUGCCACUUGGCAACAGUAAGAGGUGUGGCAUAGUCAGUCAUGGGGGAUUCUUUCUUCAACUGCUGUUAUGUCCCACCCCAUCCCCCAGGAGAGGAGGAACUCCACAGAUCCAGACGCACAGAGAUCAUGGCCUCUACUUCCACUAGCAUCUCCUCCGACAAGCGCUUCCUCAUCUUCUUUGACUUUGAUGAGACCAUCGUGGAUGAAACGAGCGACGACAUAGUGGUGCAGGCCGCCCCGGGUCAGAAUCUUCCGGGUUGGUUGAAGGACACCUACCAGCCCGGCCGCUACAACGAGUACAUGCAGCGCGUCCUGGCCUAUCUGGCGGAGCAAGGCGUCACGGAGAGCGAGAUACGCAGCAUCAUGGAGAAGCUACCGGCCACCCCAGGCAUGCUCGCCCUCUUCCAGUUCCUCCGCAACCGGCCCCCGCAGGACUUUGAGGUGGUCCUGGUGUCCGACGCCAACACCUUCUUCAUCGAGUCCUGGCUCCGGCGCAACGGUGCCCGUCAGCUCUUCCAUCGGAUCUUCACCAACCCAGCCACCUUCAACAAGGACGGGCGGCUGGUGAUGAGGCCCUUCCACUCUCACGACUGCCCGCGGUGCCCCGACAACAUGUGCAAGCAGGUGGUGGUCAGGGACUAUGUGGCCCGCAGGACGCAGGAGCGGGGCCGCCCCUAUCAGAGGGUUUUCUACGUGGGAGACGGAGCCAACGACUUCUGCCCGGCACUGGCCCUCGGGCCCAGGGACGUGGCCUUCCCGCGGCGGGACUUCCCCAUGCACCGGCUGAUCACGGAGACCCAUGAAGCCAUGCCCGGGGAGUUCAAGGCGGUCACGGUGCCGUGGGCGAGCGGGGAGGAUGUGGUGCAGCGGCUGAGGAAGCUGGUGGCAGAGUAGAGGGUCACGCACAAACAGAGAGGAGACGAUUAAAGGGCCAGUUGACACUUUUAGCCAUGUUCUCAGGUAAAAUAGUUCCAGGAACCAACGUUUAAGGCAAUUAAAUCAUUUGUACUGUCUCUAAAAAUAAAACAAAGUUUGUCUCGCUGGUGUCCAGCCUGCACGUGCCUCAGUCCAGCUUAUCACAUUUUGGUCCAGAGGUCCUUCUAAGAACAGAGACAUAGUUCACCGGGUUAAGGUGAGCAGGUUAAUGAUUAUGGAGACCUGCCACUGUCACCCAAAGUGAGGAAGUCAAUAACAAAUUCAAUGCUUUGUUAUAAGCAAUAUUUAGAAGUGAAGGACGUUGCUUUAAAGUUUGAGGGCAUUUGCAUAAUAAAGAUCCUUCAGUGGGAUUUAAACACAUUCUUCAUGGUUUUAAAGGUUAAACUGGGUUAGUAAGGAAAUCCCUGUAAUAGGUUAAUCACCUUAAUAGCAAUGUUUAAAAAUGUAAUGGACACUUAUGUCAACCGAGUGAGUGGUUGAUCUUAAAUUACAAUUCUAAAUGUGUUUUCCUACAAGCUGCACUUUUGGAAUAUGAAAAAUUAAAUUAUAGUGUCAAUAAGUGAUACCAUAGUGACACUGUCAUCUGAUGGCAAUGGCCAUUUCAAGAUGAGUAAAAUAAAAAACAAAUAAAAAGUAUUUUAUCAACAUGUUUGUCAGAGAAUAUACAGUAUGUCUAAUUCAGAAAUGUAUGGUUAUGUUUUAAGUGUGUCUGUUUGUUAAAUCUUUGUUGUGUCUUUGUUGUGUAGGCCAGGCCUACAGAAGAAAUGUAUUAACACCAGCAGGAAUAAAGCCAUCAACUGAAA